AUGGACAGCAGAGCAGAGAUGGAGGUUGUGAGAAGCGCGAAGGCGAAUGCCACUGGGGAGGUCGGCGUCCACGUGGUCACCACCGAGAGCACUGUGCAGAGCACCCACCUGCCAACGACUGCCUUCAUCAUACCAGCAAAUGCCACUACCAUCAACCUUCCCACGAGCACCUUAGAAAUUCAGCGAUUCCCCCGGGAACCACAGAGAAGCACAGGGGCUGAGAGGCCAGAGAGGGGAGCGGGGAGCGAGCCCAUCACAGCUACUGUCAUUCCCCAGAUCAGCGGGGUGCAGACCUGCAGCACAGUCCGUGUGCUGGAGUGGAAAGAUGGGGUGGCUUUCUUGCCUGGGAGUAACCUGCGGUUUCGAAUAAACGAGUACGGGACGCUGAAGGUGGUGAGUGCUGAUAAGAUGCCUCCGGUGGAAGCUGUAAAGGAGGGUCACACAGAGAAAGAUGGGGACUCGGAGGUGGCACCCACCAGCAGGGACAAUCCUACCGUGGCUCAGGAUGUGCCGGAGCAGACCAAGCUGCCAACAGCAGAAAGCAUGUGCCACUGUGACACCUGUGGCCGGAGACACGUGUCAGACGGAGCCCGGGAAGGCAGGGGCUUCUGCAGCGAGCACUGUCACCAGCAGUUCAAAGAAAGGUCCGUCAUUGUGGAAAACUCUGCCAGCAGCACCAAUGCCACUGAAAUCCUCAAGCCGGUGAAGAAACGAAAGAGGAAGGACUACCAGAGCCCGUCGGAGGAAGACUAUGAAUCUGAGCAGAUGGAGGAAAAGCAGGAAGAAAGAAAAGCAGAAGACUCCGUCCUCAGCAAUCCGGAGGCUGACGCGUGGAACGGGAGCCAGCACGGUGCCAGUGAGGAGAAGAAAGAAGGCUGGUCUUGGGCGUCCUACUUGGAGGAGCAGAAAGCUGUCGCUGCCCCUUUAGAUCUCUUCCAGGAUUACCAAGUAGCUUCCCAGCACAAGAAUGGCUUUAAAGUGGGGAUGAAGCUGGAGGGGAUCGAUCCACAGCACCCAUCUAUGUACUUUAUCCUGACCGUGGCUGAGGUGUGCGGUUACCGGAUGCGCCUCCACUUCGAUGGCUACUCGGAGUGCCAUGAUUUCUGGCUGAACGCUGACUCCCCUGACAUCCACCCCGCUGGCUGGUUUGAGGAGACGGGGCACAAACUCCAGCCCCCGAAAGGUUACAAGGAAGAAGAAUUCAGCUGGACAAACUACCUGAGGAUAACAAAGGCUCAGGCAGCUCCUAAGCACCUCUUCAUGGUCCGCAACACUCACGAGGCUUCCCCGGGCUUCGAGGUGGGCAUGAAGCUCGAAGCUGUGGACCGCAUGAACCCUUCCCUGAUCUGCGUUGCCACAGUGACUGAUGUGGUGGACAAUCGCUUUUUGGUGCACUUUGACAACUGGGAUGACACUUACGACUACUGGUGUGACCCCAGCAGCCCAUACAUCCACCCAGUCGGAUGGUGUCAGGAGCACGGCAAACCCCUCACCCCUCCUCAAGAUUAUCCUGACCCUGACAACUUCACCUGGGAAAAGUACUUAAAGGAAACCGGAGCAUCUGCUGUCCCGGCUUGGGCCUUUAAAGUGCGCCCACCCCAUGGCUUCCUGGUCAACAUGAAGCUGGAGGCAGUGGACAGGAGGACUCCUUCCUUCGUCCGAGUGGCCAGUGUGGAGGAUGUGGAAGAUCACAGGAUAAAGAUCCAUUUUGAUGGCUGGAGCCACGUCUAUGAUUUCUGGAUUGAUGCGGAUCACCCGGACAUCCACCCCAUAGGCUGGUGCUCAAAGACUGGACACCCGCUGCAGCCUCCUCUCAGGCCAAAGGAACCAGCCACCUCUGCCCACGGGGGCUGCCAGACCCUGGGCUGCAAGAGCAUCCCUCACACCAAGAGCUCCAAGUACAGCUUUCACCACAGGAAGUGCCCCACGCCGGGUUGCGACGGGUCAGGACAUGUGACGGGGAGGUUCACGGCCCAUUACUGCCUCUCAGGGUGCCCGCUGGCAGAGAAGAACCAGGGCAGGCUUAAGGCGGACUUGUCCGACACCGAGGCCUCGACUCGCAAGAGGAACCUGAUGGGCUUCCCUCAGCGGAAGAAAUCUCGGCACCACGGGAGAGGGCGACCUCCAAAGUACCGGAAGAUCCAGCAGGAAGACUUCCAGGCUAUUUCUUCAGACAACGUGCACCAGUCGCUCUUCAUGUCUGCCCUGUCUGCCCACCCCGACCGCUCCCUGUCGCUCUGCUGGGAGCAGCACUGCAAACUCCUGCCCGGGGUGGCUGGCAUCACAGCAACCACGGUGGCCAAGUGGACCAUCGAUGAGGUUUUUAGCUUUGUUCAGACUCUGACGGGUUGUGAGGACCAAGCCAAGCUCUUCAAGGAUGAGAUGAUCGACGGUGAGGCGUUCCUCUUGCUGACGCAGGCUGACAUCGUCAAAAUUAUGAGCGUCAAGCUCGGCCCGGCACUUAAGAUCUACAAUGCCAUCCUCAUGUUCAAGAACGCUGAUGACACCUUGAAGUGA